UUUAGAUGUACUUCUCUAAUUCUCCUUGAUGGUGUAGCUCUUAGUAGUCAUGGCUAUGCCAUUCUUCCUCUUAGUAGAUAUCCCUUUCGGUUGACACCCCGAUCGAGACAUCCAUCCACCACCACAACAACUACAGCAGCAGCAGCAACAUCCAGGCACGAAUCCAGUCCAAACCUACCAAUGCAUCCAAUCAACCACUUCCCAACCCUGCACUCACGUCCACCCUUCAGAAUCCGUCCACCUCAACCACUGCCCCAAGCGCAUCGGACACAUCACAUUCCCCACGCACCACCCAGCCAACAGAUCUAUACACGUACAAUCCACCGUGGACACAACCGACCGAUCAAUCACUUAGCCAACCACCACCAAUCACACCACAACCAUACGAUUCAUCCACGCACGCAGCAAACCCAUCGACCCGAUCGAUACUCGAUCCAUCCAGAAACCCCGAGCCACUCGCGCAGCGCAUGCAUGACGAGCUGGGAUCUCCGCACGGGCGCGCCCUUCUCGAAUGCUACGAUGCGGCUAAAGACAGCCCAGAAUGAGGCUAGAAGGUUAGGUAGGGUACUCUGCUUAUAGUACUCGGUUUAUAGGACGGGUUCAUUUAUCUGGAACUAGAAGGGGGUUAGAAUGGUGUUCCAUGGGUUGGGCGGUGGUACCUAAGGUAUGGUGUGUGUUGUUUGAUUGAUUAGUGUGAGUUAGAAAUAGAUGUUCUUGUGGGUUGGCGCGGGAGUUGAGAUGGAUGAUUUGGGAUGUUUCUUCUUGGUUAUAGUAGUUGUAUAUAUGACUCAUGGUUGAGGAUUUGGUGUUUAGGUCGGUUGGAUCAGAGGGGUGUUGAGGACUGAUUCAUACCAUAUACAAUCAGGUUCAUAAGGGUAGUCAGAAUGAGAAUGUGCUUAACUGUG